UAAUAUCGAUAUCAGAGGCCGAACGAAAACCUAAAACAAAGAAAAAUCAAGAAUGGUGGUGGGUCACUCUCACUACUCACCCCCACAAUCCUCCCAUGACUAUUGAGUAGCAAAGUAGGUGUAUGUAAUAGGAUGAUCCCUACACCAUUAAUGAUUCCUCACUAGUUAUAAAAUUUUCACACACCCUGGAAUCUCACUUUCACAGCCCAAUCCAAAAAAAAUGACAACACCAGGGGAAAAGCUACAAGAACUUCAACCUCAAACUCACAAAAUGCAAAAAUCCCAACUUUACUUCAAUCCAUUGAAGACCCUUUUCUUCUUGCUUCUUUUCAGCCAUGCCCAGAUGAGAUUUUGUUCUGGGGUUUCAGUUCUUGACCUUAAAUCAGUUAAAGAUAGUAACUUUAACCUAAUGGGGAAAAGGGGUUGUUCAGAAAAGCUUCAAGAAUGCUCAGAAAUGGUGGAUGAAGAAGAUAUGAUGGAUAGUGAAAGUAAUAGAAGGGUUUUGCUUAUGCAAAAAAAGUACAUUAGUUAUGGUACAUUGAAGAGGGAUUUGGUGCCUUGUAAUACUCCUGGUGCUUCAUAUUAUAAUUGUAAAGCUCCUGGUGCAGCUAAUAAUUACAACAGAGGAUGUGAGAUUAUUACAAGGUGUGCUAGGGAGGAGUUCAUUCACGCGCUGAGAAGACAUUCUUUUUUCUUGGAACAAUUCGUCUUUAUUUGCGUGAAGAUGUACCAAAAAUGUGAAAAGGUUGAAAUAUACAAUGCACUUGCUGAAAAAAUGUUAGAUAAAGGUCCUCUUCUGAUUCAACCCACCCCCCAUACUGGAGCCCGGCAUACUGGCCCGGAGUGGCCGGGUGGGUUGGGCUUGUCCUUGCACGGCCCACUUGCCACCCUUAUACUGUGGACCAACUAGUUGCUAUAUCUCGAAACUCAGUGGAGACAAAACGUACUAGGUGAUUUCCUUGCACCCCUAAGCCGUUGCCGUGGCAGGUAGAGUUACCGGUACAUGUGUUGGUGGGAGGUAGCAGUUAUCUGAUGAAAUAGUUGAGCGAGAUAUCGUUGCAGUAAAUUUUAAAUUUACAGAGGAAAUAAUUUCAUUUUUUUUACUUUAUCUAGAAAAUUUAUAAUAGUAGUAGUACUAUAUUCAUCUACAUUAAUUAGCAGAAUAAAUGCAUGCCUACUAGUAGAGAAAUUAUUAAUAUCUAUACUGACAUAUCUCUAUUUGGGUUGGUGGAAAGUAGAAAAAGAAACUAGUAUGCCUUAUUAAUGUAAAAUGUUUUUCACAUCCAUGAUAUCUAGAUUUUAUCA